GUUGUUGUUGUUGUUAUUAUUGUUGUUGUUAUUGUUAUUGCUAUUUUUUAUUCAAACACAAUGAAGUUCUCGUUUGCUACUUCCGUCGUCUCUGUCUUGGUUUUGGUCUUGACUGUUUCCUCGUCAACUCCCGUGCAAGGUGGCAACGUCUUUUCUCAUAUUGUUUCCUCUCCAAAUCAUAAUAAUCACAAUACUAAUAACAACAACAAUAACAAUAACAAUAACAACAAUAACAAUCAUAACAACCACUACAACCAUAAUGUAUUACAUCCACAAACGCAUUCUCCCUCACAACCUAAUCAAACUAGUCAUCUUGAAUGGAACUCUCAAAUAGGAGGCCGUCUCUCCCGUCAAGGUGGUGAACGAGGCCAAUUUCAGCCCUAUACCAAUUUCGCAUUACAAGACAGUUCUUCGCACCAACAGCAACAGCAACACUACGGAACAACGGACGAAAAGGGCUGUUCCUCUUCUUCUGGUUCUACACUCAAUCCGAUCCCUUGUCCAAAGAGAAAUUUAGUCUAUUUGCCCGAUAUGCAAUCCUUUUUGAUUCAAUCUCCUCUAACUUAUCAAGAAGCUGUUCAGGUCUGUAUCGCCUGUGGAUCCGAAUUGGUCUUGAUCGAUGGUACCAACGUCGACCGAUUCCGUGAAGCUUUUAGUUCCUUGGGAGGAUUAUAUGGAGAUCAGCGUUUCUGGAUCAAGAGCUGGUUUGGUGAAUUAGUUCAUCAAGGCUCUUGUCCCGCAACAUUGAUUAAUCCACUCAUGGGUAAUCGUCUCGAACCUGUUGAGGAGGAUUGUCAAGCUCGACUUUAUGCACUAUGCUACUAAGAAGUGCAAUUUCUUUUCUCCUCCUUGUCCUCUCCCCUACAAAACAAUAAACCUCCUUGCCAGUUCCACAUUGUAAACAUUGUCUUUCUCCAAGCAAAGUAGUAAACGAACG